AUGGUCUUCAACAGCCAUGACCUUGGCCCUUCUGCCGCUGAACAUUUCACUCUCAUCCUAGACGGCAGUGAGGGCACCAGAAGUCUCCCUAUUCCCGGCGUCCGCUGUGCGACAUGCGCUGCGAGGGGAGAAGACGUCUGGGUUACCCCUGGCCUCAUCUGCGCAAAAUGCCGCACGCCUGCAUCGAGCGACUCACUUUCCACAAUCUGCUACGAUGGAGACGAAAAUGGGCACAUGCAAUGA